AUGGAUAGUCUCAUAUCUUGUGCACUAUUUCUACAUGAACAGUUGUUACUAAUUCAAAAUUUAGAAUCUAAACCACCUUUAGACACUAGAAAUACUAUAAAUGACAAUGCAGAUACUGAAAUAUCAAAAUUAUUAAAAAUAUCCUCAUCACUCAAUAAAAUAAUAUUUUCCAAGAGGAAAAAUAAUAAGGUCGACUUUGGUAAAGUUGUGGCUCCUGAAUAUAAUUUGGAAAAUUUAGGGCUAUCGGCGGAGACUAUUAGGUUCCUUAGGCAAUCUAAUACCUCAAUAGGUGACUAA